UUCGACUUUCUCCGGAGAUGGGUUUCUCUUGCAGCAUUGCUGCACGAGACGAGCAUUGCUUUUGCAAUGGGGAAAGGGAAGAAGACAAAAGGAAUGGGGGCUUAUGCGGCAGAUGGUUUCAGAGCUGUUGUGGAGUUGGAUAAUAGCAAUGUCUAUGCGGUGAUGAUUUCCGAGAUGGUCUCAAACAUAUUCAAAGAAGGUAUGUGGUUCAAAGCCUUGACCCCCUACAUGCUCAUAAUCACCGACAAUGAUCCAAUUUCCGUGGGCAACAUGCUGACGCUCAAUGGUGUUACCCGAGCUUUGGUAGGUGUCUCCUCUGGUCGUCUGCUGAUAAACAAUAUUGGUAUAGACGCUGUUUGGAUAGCCACUGGCAUAGCGGGCUUUCUUGGCAUUCUUGUGAACGUUAUAUGCCUCUGCCAGGGUUCUGUUUUUGCUGCCUAUGUUUUAAACUUUACCUGGGCAGUCUACAAUGGAUUGUGGAACUCUUGCUUAGAAACAUCAUGGGCUCGAUCAAUCUUUAGAAAUAAGAGAGAAGACAUUAAUGGAGCCCGGCAAAUCACCAACAAAUUUACUACUUCCCUUGGACCUCUCUUUUCUGCUGCUAUUUUUGUUGCCUAUGGCAACAAAUGGGAUGUGGGCCUUGUGCAAAAUGUGAUGCUCUUUGGAACUGGUAUGACCUCCGUGGUCGUUGCGCUUUGCUUCUGCUUUCGGGCUAGCGAAGAGAUUGAACAGGACCUGCCGUUGCAAGAUGUUCGCAGCAUGGAGUUUAGCACAGCUGUGAAUCUGGCUUUGGACAAGCCGAAAAUAUUCAUGCCAGAGAGCAUGUCGCAAAGCGACUUCAUCGCAAACGAUGAUGGCAAUGUUGUGUUGACUUGUCCUCUUGGGGGCAACUCGGAUUCAUGGGCUUCCCGUAUUCGCAUACUGACCUCCGACUAUGCGGAAACGAACUUCAUCCUUGCAAAACAGUUUCGGGCUUCUUUGCACGGAAUACACACUCGUAGCUGCGUGCUACAUUUUCACGAUGACUCUCGGCACAGUGUUCCUGUUCAGCUUGAAGAAGUGAAGGUCUACCUGACACAGGCUGAGGAGAACUCUGAGGAUGUUCCAAAGGUGAACAUCUCACGAAGCACUGUCAGAUUCAGUAUGGACCUAGAUUCGGUUCGCUCACCGCAAUACUUCUCGUUUGGAAGGUUCUUGCGGGUUAUUCUCUUUGGCAGCAACAAAGAGAUCUUGCUGCAAGGUAACCAAAAACCACUACUUGGCGGACAGUCUGAAGGAGUUGAUGAUCAACUUCCUGUGAAGGGAAAAACAGCUACUGAUAUCCUCGUCCACAAUACUACGACUCCAACGCGUGCACCAAACAUGCUUGGUGCAAAUGUCAUUGUUGUGUGUGACGUGCUGAACGCACUGGGCGCUGGCUUUUCACUGAAGUUCAUUGACCUUUUCCUCAAGGUGGACUACGGCGUGUCACCUGCAGGCGUGUUUAUGGUGGCCUUUUUGCAGAACAUUCUCGGGGCUUGGCUAACACCAUUUGCCAAAAAGCUUCUGGCUGGACUCAAGCAAGAAGGGUACAGAGCAAAGUUAGGAGUCGUGUUUCUGUGGAGCCUGGCAUUGCUUUUCCUUGGGCUCGUGUGCAUGCCGGGUAUGCCUUUAUGGGUGGUGAUUCCAUCUAUCGUCCUCAUGCAGUCCUUGAACUCAUGCACCAAAGCAUUCAAUCGAGCACAGCUGAUCAACUUUCUGCCUCGAGAGAAGAUUGCAACAUACAUGACGUGGGAUGCCAUGAACAAGGCCAACCAAGGUGGAAUUGCAAUCUUUGGAGCUCAAGUCGUUGCAGCUGCUGGCUACCGCGGAUGUUUUGUUGGCACUUUUAUCAUUCUAUUCAUUCGUAUGUUGAUAUACCUGACCUUCACACUUCGAAAAGGGACGAUCUAUCGAGGCGGAUACCUCCGUGCUUUAGAGGCACAGCAGCUCUCUGAGGCUGCACAGCCAGAGUCGUCGCCAACAAACGACGACCUCACUAGCGUGGAGAACAUCAAAGGAUACGACGAUACAGACCAGGAGUCACAGAUGUUCCAGCCAGCCGAAGCGCUGGCACUGGCAUCUCGAAAACCUGCAGUGAGAGAGGAGGGGCAGCUGCUGGAACUUUCGCCUGCCCGCCUUCUGUCAGAUGUUUGGGAAGAAAGGCCACUUUCCCGGCGCGGCUCCAAACUGUGAGAAGUUUCACGCCGCCAUAAGAAGCUCUGGUGCCAAAGAAGCAGAGACAAAAAGACUCCAACUGGUUGAUGAGCCGAGGCAGCCGAGGCACUGCAGGAUUUAUGUAGGAAUCGUUCGAAAA